ACACUAUUUCAGUAUGAGUUUUGAGGAAGUGCGCUGAUGCUCUCCAAGUCUAAAAUCAAAAGUUGAAAGAGCUUUAAAGUUCCUCAUCAGGACGUUUAAAGACAUCAUCUCCUCCUGCGGCCCCUCACUCGAUCCUCAGCCCGGACAGAGGGCUCGUCAGUGGCCGGAAGGAGAGAUGAAGACCCCGCAGAUGAUCCGAGAUUCCCCGGUGCCUCUUCUGCUGCUGCUGACAGGAGUCUGCAUCAACGGGUACAAGCCUGUCAUCAUCGUGCAUGGCCUGUUCGAUGGGCCGAAAGAGUUCACAACGAUGUUUAGUUACAUAAACAAGGUGCAUCCAGGCACUGAGGUGAAGGUGAUUGACUUGUAUGACAACCUGUCCAGUCUGAAGCCCAUGUGGAGGCAGGUGCAAGGUUUCAGUAAAGCCUUCGACGACAUCGUGCAAAAGGCUCCUGAUGGCGUCCAUCUUCUGUGCUUCUCACAAGGUGGUUUAAUUUGUCGAGCACUUCUCUUCAUGGCUCCAGAUCACAAAGUGCACACCUUCAUUUCACUGUCGUCCCCACAGGCCGGGCAGUAUGGAAACACAGAAUACCUGAAGCGGGUAUUUCCUGACUAUGUGAAGAAGACUGUGUUUCAUAUUUGCUACAACAGAGUGGGACAGAAAGUGUCUAUCUGUGACUACUGGAACGACCCUCACCAUAGGUCCCGCUACCUGCAGAGCAACAGCUUUCUGGCGUUGCUCAACGGGGACAGACCUCACGGCAAAAUGAAAGCAUGGAGGGAAAACUUUCUGCGCAUCAAGAAGCUUGUGCUGAUUGGAGGACCAGACGAUGGCGUCAUCACACCAUGGCAGUCAAGCCACUUUGGAUUCUAUGACAGCAACGAAACCAUUGUAGAAAUGAGGAACCAGGAGUUUUACAGAAACGAUACAUUUGGGUUGAAGAUGCUAAACGCUCGUGGCGACGUGUCGAUGUGCCUUCACUCUGGAGUGAAACACGUUCAGUGGCACUCAAACUACACCGUGUUCAGGAGCUGCAUAGAGAAGUGGCUCACUUGAAAACAGAACUUCUUUUUCAGGGCGUCAUUUGCGCUGGAGACGGGUCCCACAUCUACAGGAGAAAUUGUCCCCACCACUUUUUCUAACAAUACAAAAAACGUCCAUUUUUGUAUUGUUUCUGUUCUGAUUUUAUGUAAAGCUUCUUUGAGCAUUAGGAAAAGCGCUAUCAAAAUCCCAUGUAUUAUCAUGGUUCCAGUACACUAUUUUCUUAUCAAACUAUUACAUUUUUACCCAUUUAUGACAUUGUCAGAGUUGCUUAUUCAUCUCUUUUAUAAUGCUCUGGUGUUUUGUUAUUGUUACUUUGGACAGCAGUUUUUUUGAGGAUGCUAAAGUACAAUAAUAAAAAAAGGCCUUUAGAUAAAAAUACUUUUACAGUACCAUUAAGAACAGCCUCAAAAUCCGUUCACACAAUACAAGUGAAGAGAUCGUCACCAUGAAAACGAAUAUUCUGUCCCUGGUUUAAUUUGAACCCUUUAAGAUUGAUCUAUAAUUAUCCAGUUUUAUUGAAAGUUAUGUUAUCUAUGCACCUUGUCAAGCAGAUUUUAGGCUACAUAAUACUCAAUUGGCCUCUGACUGCAGAGUAUAGGUUACAUGUUGACUCUUUAGCUCUUCACACUAGAUAAAAGUAGGGCAGGGGCUGUGAUCAAUCAAUUAAACGCAUUGAUUUUAAUUAAUAAACUGAUUCAUAGGGGUUGAGUUAUGGAUUGUGUGUUGGGCUAAUUAAAAAAAUGUAAAGCUUACACAUAUAUAUAGAUUACAAUACAAAUCUAGGAUUAUUAUACGUUGUUCUGAAAUAGUUAAAGUGUUAGUUGUUGUAAGAAGAAGAAGAAGAAGAAGAAGAAGAAGAAGAAGAAGAAGAAGAAGAAGAAGAAGAAGAAGAAGAAGAAGAAGAAGAAGAAG